GACCGGGUGGAGAACGGCCAGCCAGUCGCACCGGAGAUUCUCAGGGACUAUCAACAGGGAGCGUAGCCGACGCCAGCGCGGAAGAAUUGGGGUAUGAGAGCCGCCAGCAUCCGCUCCCAUCCUUCGCUGCCCGGAUCCCAGUCUGACUGACAACCACCGGAUCAGUACCUCUAACGAUUCAGCUCUCCGCUAAGCCCGAUAUCGAAAACAAUUUGCAGCCAUGGAGCUGAGAGUGGGGAACAAGUAUCGGCUCGGGCGAAAAAUAGGGAGUGGAUCCUUUGGGGACAUUUACCUUGGUGCCAACAUUGCCACUGGUGAGGAAGUAGCCAUCAAGCUGGAAUGCGUGAAGACCAAACACCCACAAUUGCACAUCGAGAGCAAGUUCUACAAGAUGAUGCAGGGAGGAGUGGGUAUCCCAUCAAUAAAGUGGUGUGGAGCAGAGGGAGACUACAAUGUGAUGGUCAUGGAGCUGUUGGGCCCCAGUUUGGAGGACCUGUUCAACUUUUGCUCACGGAAGUUCAGCCUCAAGACUGUCCUGCUACUGGCAGACCAGAUGAUUAGUCGCAUCGAGUACAUACACUCCAAGAAUUUCAUCCAUCGGGAUGUAAAGCCAGACAACUUUCUGAUGGGGCUGGGCAAAAAGGGUAACCUGGUGUAUAUCAUUGACUUUGGCCUGGCCAAGAAGUACCGUGAUGCUCGCACACACCAACACAUCCCGUACAGGGAGAACAAGAACCUGACUGGCACGGCCCGCUAUGCCUCCAUCAACACACAUCUGGGAAUUGAGCAGUCCAGGCGUGAUGACCUGGAGUCCCUUGGCUAUGUCCUCAUGUACUUCAACCUGGGCUCCUUGCCUUGGCAGGGCCUCAAGGCUGCCACCAAGAGGCAGAAAUAUGAACGCAUCAGCGAGAAGAAAAUGUCAACUCCCAUUGAGGUGCUCUGCAAAGGAUACCCCUCUGAGUUCUCCACCUACCUGAAUUUCUGCCGCUCACUGCGUUUUGACGACAAACCAGACUACUCAUACUUGCGGCAGCUCUUCAGGAAUCUAUUCCACAGACAAGGCUUCUCCUAUGACUACGUCUUCGACUGGAACAUGCUCAAGUUUGGUGCCAGCCGGACGGCCGAGGAUGGUGAACGCGAUAGGAGGACGGGAGAUGACCGGGAUGAACGAGGCCCCAGGGGGUCCGCAGCGCGAGGUUUGCCCCCAGGGCCCAACCCGCCAGCUGCCAACAGAGUCAGGAAUGGACCAGAGCAGGCCAUUUCUAAUCCGGCCUCACGCGUUCAGCAGUCUGGGAACACUUCACCACGUGCAAUAUCCCGUGCAGAGAGGGAGAGGAAGGUGAGCAUGCGGCUCCACCGAGGGGCUCCCGCCAAUGUUUCAUCUUCUGACCUCACAGCCCGGCACGACCAAUCCCGAAUCUCCACGUCACAGGUCAGCAUGCCAUUUGAGCAAAUGGGGAAAUGAAACUCAGGCUCUGCAUGUUAACGAAAUGGACAGGGCUGCUAGGGAUAUUCGUCGCUCCAGUUUUUUUUUUUUUUUAAAUCUUGUUUUAUAAGAAGAUAAUUGCCAAUGGAGCACAGUGGAUCUUUUUAGGCAUGGGCAGAAAAUCCUAAAAAGAAUAAAGGAAGUAUGUGACAGUAUCCUGCAUCCACCUCUUAAUGAUUACAGGACCUUGGUUCACCACCACCAAAAAGCAAGAAUUGAAUGAAUGCCAAUGCAACACCGUUGUCUCCCUUUCAUUAGCAGACCCCCCCCCUCCGAUACCCCAGCCUGUCUGAUGUGAAGAACUGUCGGCAUAAAUUAACCCAAUGACAAGGUUUCUUGGGGCACAACCAUAUUCCUGGUCCAAGAGUCAGCAUCCCAAGUUUAUUUUUGACUUGAUGAACAUCUAGUUCUUUUACACAGCACAAGUCAGUCUCAUACAUUUUAUAAGGAAUACUGUCAUCUGUUCGAUCUGUCUUAGAGUAGUACAGCCUCGGAUGUGAGUUUUCUCCUGUUUAUUUCCUUUUUUUAUGUCUCGUUCACUGAAUCAGUCUUUUGUCAGUUUUGUUUUUAAGUUCUUUGUUUUUAUUGAGAGGAAAAUUACACCUUUUAAAGAAAGGGAUGGAGAGAUGCAGGUCAGUGGUAUUAGGUAGUGGACAACAAGCAUAAGGAUGUGAAGGAAGGAUGAGUAAGUACUUAUUUUAGCUGUUCUGCAGUGGUUUUGGUGAAGCAAAUGGUGUGCUUUACCAAUGUCUUACUGACUCUGACCCUCUGGCAAAACACAGCCAGCCCACCGCCCUCUUUCCAGUUUCCUGUAAUUUCUCGCACUUCUUCAGCAGUCUGCCCUGUCACCACGUUUUACCUGUUUUGGUUCAUUUGUGUUCUAGAGACCAGAACAGACUCAUUUGGUUGAUUACGGCUAAUUUUUAUGAUGGUUCUUAAUGAUUUUUGUUUUCCUUUCCAUUUGUAUGCUUUUGUUAAUGGGGCUGGAUGGGAAUGGGCUGGCUCAGUUAUUAUAGUUGAAUUAGGGAUGGGGCAUGAAAUUUUUUUUUUUUUUUUACUUCACUGUAAAUAUUUUUUUUCCUGCCAGAGUGACAGAUUUCUGUGUAAAGCCAAAUGUGGUUGGUUGUUUUAAGGUGUAAAGUAGAAAAAUACAUAUGUAAACCAGGGCUGGGUUCGGAAUUUCAGACAUUAUUAAAAGUACUAAAUUGUGGAAUGGGCUUUUAGAUAUUGUUACACUGCCACCUGGGUCUCAAUUAGAUGUGUUUGUGUGUAUCAGAAAUGAACAGGAUCCCCUGCUAGCUAAUAAUACAGGAUUCAUUGUGUCUUUAUGUUAAUAGUUUUGUAUUUGUACGCCUUCCCGUUAUUUAUUUUCAACUCUGUUGUGUUUUGUCUGCAGUCUUCACCAGUUUUCUGUUAUGUUUUUCUUUGUCCUUCUUGGUUAGCUUGCCUGUAACUUGAUCGAAGCAGCAAAUUCAUCCCUUGAAUGUUUAAAAUGUCUGUCAUUUUGCUUUUCUGCUUUUCCUUUAUUUUAAAGAUUUGUCAAUACUAGCCACCUUGUAAAAGAUAGGGCUUACUAUAUCCCUUCUGGAAAACAUGGGAUGCUCAGUUUUUGAUGUCACCACCAGAGUUUUCUCUUAAAACUAGAGGGCUCUGUAUUUCAACUUCCAGCAACUUCGAUGAUGUCAUUGAGAAAGAAAACUGAUGCAGUUGCGGGGAUAUGAAAACAGAUAAGACCUGAGUGCUUAAUUUUUUGGGGGGGGGGGUGUCAGCAUAACCCAGUGGCAAUGUAACUGUUUGGGAUGGGGAGGGCAAUUAGAAAUGGUAGGGAUAAUGGGGAAUUCAUUUUAUGUAUUGUGUACUGAUCUCUUGUACAGUUCUUUAACACACUUUAACUUUAUUUACAACAGUAUUUGUGUAUAUUUUAUGAAGUAAUAAAAAUGAAUAAAAAAAAGUUC